GUUGCAUGAUGGGAUAGCGGGAUUUUCAAAUCCAUAUCCGCCUUUACUGGCGCCUGUUAGCCAUGGAGGGUCGCGCCAGUGCUGUCACCACCCCCGCGAACAUUCACAUAACACGACGAAAGAGUUAUGGACGCAGCUGUAUGGAGAAUCCGUCUGUGUUCUGGCAAACACCAGGUCACUUAAACACCCUCGGCCGCAGGGGCCCUACCAGCAGACGGGUUGCCAGAUCCCAGAUUACUACGAGUAAAGUGGACACAGACCAAUUGGCCCUUCUGGUGAAGCACGAGUGGAAGCUGGCGUACGUCACCCCGCUGUACCGAUUCCAGUACACGCAGCUCAAACUGUACUCCAAGCACCUCACCGCUUUCAUCAUAGCCGAGAAGCAGCAAGGGGUCGCUGUCGAGGUGGGGCUGGAGGCAGGAUUUAAAGUCUCGCUCUCCACCGUCCACGGAAUGGCAGAAACCGAGGACGAUGCAGAAACUGUUUUCAUUCAGAUACACUCCAAAACAAUGUUUGGGGCAGACACUCUGAAACCAGUGUGGCGAGGCUGGCUGACCUGCGUGAACGGAGAUUGUGAGUACCUGAGGUCACUGCCCCCUGACUUUGUGAGUCUUCCUCUGUUCUGCAGCAGUGGCUCAGAAUCCCUCACAACUCUCGUUAAGUCCUGGUUCGAGCGCACCUUUGACUGUAAUUUCGGCGCUCUGUUUCUGAACUCUACCACUCUGAACUGGCUGGCUGCCCUGUGGACCGGCUGCCAUCCCAGCAGCAACAUCAGGUACCUGAAGCUGAGCUGGACCAUGCCCACGCAGCCCUCGCUGGACAUCCUGUACACAGUGAACCCACAGGACGCCUGGGAGCUGUGGAACAGCAUUCACACGGAGGACAGCGCAGACGACAGAAUCCACGUCGACGAGGUGCAGCGGUUUAUGAACGGACUCGAGACUCACUUUUUCAGACAUUUUAAGAUCUACUUGUCGGCUGGGACACUCACGAAGGUCUCCACUUCCCACGGUUCAGCGCAUCACGAGGGCAAAAUCAAGAUCGGCAGCAGCGACUACAUCAGCACCUUACUGACCCUUCUGACAGAGUGCGCCCUCCGCAGGACACCCGUUUAAUUCCUCCGCUCUACUGUUUCAGCUGUAAAUAGCCUUUGUUUUACUGCAUACAUGUGGCAUGUAUCUCUGUAGUCAAGCACAAAUUUUAAAAUUGUAUUUAUUUACAUGUCUGUCAUGAAGUUGUACCUUUAUCUGGAUUUUUGCUUUUAAAUCUGAUUUUUUUUUAAAAUUUUAUUAAAUCCAUACAGAACAAAUGUCAACCAGUGUCAAAUUAAUCCACAAUGUGUCUGUAAAUAGCCCAAGCUUUUUGUAUUUUGCUUUUACAUCUACACCUUGUGUAAAUUUACUAGUGCAUAACUUUACCCUGUCCAUAUCAGUGUGUAAAUAUGUCUGUCUUGUUAAUGUCUGGCUCCAGCAAAAAAAAACACCUCUCUACAAAUGGAUUGAAGGUCAGAGAUGAUGAUCACAUGGAUAUCAAUAUUUCAGACUAUAACUUAUAAAUGUCUUUUUAUACCGUACCUUUAGAAGUCAAUCGUGUUUACUUUUCUGUUGUCAUCUGUUUUUCCUGAAAUAAAUAGCCUAUAUAUAUAAAA